GUAAACGAAGCUCAGUUGCCGCGAAGGCCUGGAAGUAAGUGUGCACGACCAAGUGUGUCUCUCAUCCUUUCCUCUUUUUCUAUGAGGUGGCGCUGCUUGAGGUUCUGUGGCGCGGAGCUAAACGUACAUCUAACUCAUAUUCCAGAUUCUCCAUAUCUUACAAACAGCUCGUCGUAUAUAUAGUGAAGCCCAGAAAAUGAACGGCACGGAGGAGGACUUUACUGCUUCCCCAGCGGCGGCGGCGGCGGAGGAGGAGAAGGACGAGAACAAUGCAUCCCAACAGCCUUCCCAAGGAAAUUCCCGAAGACCGCCCGAAGACACAUUUCUCUACGGAAUGAACGACAUCCCUGAUUGGUCCACUUCCUUCUUGGUUGGCUUUCAGCACUAUCUGGCCAUGAUAGGCGGAACAAUAGCGAUGCCUCUGAUCCUGUGUCCGUCCCUGUGUAUGCUGAAAGACGACAUCGGCAGAGGAUAUCUCGUUUCCACAAUCAUCUUCGUCUCCGGCAUCAUUACUCUUCUGCAGACGACCUUCGGUAUCAGGCUUCCUAUUGUCCAGGGAGGGAACUUCGCCUACGUGGUUCCAGCGAUCACCAUAGCCUCGACCAGCUUCCCGCCUUGCUCUUCCUUGCCUCUGGCCAACAUGACACAGGCCGAGAAAACAGAGGAAUGGCAACUCAGGAUCCGAGAGUUGCAAGGCGCCAUCGCAGUGUCCGCUCUCGCUCAAGUGUUUGUCGGCUUCACAGGUUUAGUGGGUGUUUUCUUGUCAUGGAUAACGCCAUUGGCCAUCGUUCCAACCGUCACUCUGUUAGGGCUCUCUCUCUAUGAACAAGGCGCCAAGCAGGCAGCUGGAUAUUGGCCUAUCUCGUCUCUAACAAUCGUAUUGCUGGUGAUAUUUUCCCAGUAUAUGAAGGAUAUUGAAGUUCCGAUGCCUAUCUACAGAAUGAAGAAAGGAUUUGAAUUCACAUUCAUCAAAAUCUUCACAUUUUACCCGCUCUUGAUAGCCGUGGCCAUCUCGUGGACGACGUGUGGGAUCCUAACCUUGAACGACCUCAUUCCGAGGAAUUCGACCGCCAGGACUGACAGCGCUGGAAGCUUGCUCAGCGACACACCUUGGUUCAGGAUACCUUAUCCAGGUCAGUGGGGCAGUCCCACAGUCAGCGUGGCAGGAGUAGUGGGCGUUAUGGCAGGCGUGGUAGCUUCGAUCAUCGAGAGUAUUGGAGAUUACUAUGCUUGCGCAAGAAUUGCCAGGGUUCCGCCACCCCCUACCCAUGCCAUUAAUAGGGGGGUGGCCAUUGAAGGCGUCGGCUGCGUCCUGGCUGGACUCUGGGGCACUAGCAGUGGCACGGCAUCCUACACGGGCAAUAUUGUCCUGCUGGGCAUCUCAAAGGUGGCGAGCAGACGGGUGGUGCAGGCGAGUGGCUUCAUGAUGCUCGUGUGCGGAGUCUUUGGGAAAUUCGGAGCGUUUUUCGCCACCCUUCCUCAGCCAGUCCUGGGGGGCAUCAUCAUCUACUUCUUUGGCAUCAUCACUGCCCUGGGGCUGUCCACACUUCAAUUCGUCAACCUGUCCUCCAGCAGGAAUCUCUUCGUCCUCGGCUUCUCCAUCUUCAUGGGGCUGGCGUUACCAGAUUGGCUGGAGAAGAACCCGGACGCCAUCCGGACAGGGUCGGCCAUCGCUGACCAGAGUCUCACGGUGCUGCUGAAGACGACGAUGUUCGUGGGGGGAUUCCUGGGCUGCGUCCUCGAUAACACCAUCCCGGGCACAGACGAGGAACGUGGACUGGUCGCCUGGGAGGAGUACCUGAAGGGAGGAGACGAAGCCCUACUCGAAAAUAAUUCGAUCGAGGAAUGCUACGACUUGCCCUGGGGCAUGGACGUCAUCAGGAGACACAAAUGGUUCAAAUGGAUUCCUUUUUCGCCGACAUAUGAGGGAAUCUCCUUCGAGCAACGACGCUUGUGUUCAUCUUGCAGAAAGGACCAGUAGGCAAAGACGUCCCUGAUAUUAUUAUUAUUAUUAUUAUUAUUAUUAAUAUUAUUAUUGUUGUUAUUGUCGUUAUGAAUUAAACGAGGUCACUCAGGAACACAUGGACACUUUAACCGGCUCACUCGAAGGACUCGCUCUCAAAUGGGCGAUGAAAACUUGAGGGAGACUGUGACCGAAGGGACAGGGCAGAGAAGAACGGGUCGUCUCGUUCAUAUGCCAAGUUCAUGAAGAAAGCGAUACGAAUUACCUUUUUGUUAGAUCAUUAUUUUAUUACUAACACUUGUGUAGAGUAGUACGAUAGUUAUUUACUUGGGUGAAUGAUUGCACAAUUAUUUCAUCAUACCACGUAAUUUAUUUGAAUGUUGUUUGUACUGAAGAACGUCGAAUAUAUAUAUAUAUAUAUAUAUAUAUAUAUAUAUAUAUAUAUAUAUAUAUAUAUAUAUAUAUAUAUAUAUAUAUAAGACGACCGUGUAUACAAAAGCAACGAACGCUGGCCGUUGCUAGAAUGCACGCGGGGAAUGCCCGGACGCAUACAAAAAGUCUGUUGUGAGUGUGGAUGUCAACAAAGCCCUCACACACAGCUCAUCAUGGAGAGACAUACAUAACAAACUCGAUCGAAUUCGCCAACUGCUGACAAACAACGGUUAUGCAGAUCAAAUGAUUAAAACAGCAAUAAAAAAGAUAAUGGACGAAUUUUACCAAUCCAACACGACGACGGAAAACGAGAACUUGAUUAUUUACCAUCGUGUACAUUAUGGGUCUGCAUACAAGGAAGAUUGCUGCACACUACGUGGGAUAGUAAACAGAGGCGUAACCCCAAAAGCCCCUUACCAGAAAAUAAGUCUCAGGAUAUAUAGUAAGCCCAACCUUGUAACAGCCUUAAUAAUGAAGAACAGCACCCACCGCUCCGGGGGGACCGAAGGAGAUGUGCACGAACGUAGUUUACAAAUUCACUUGUCCAGAGGAGAUGUGUUAAUCUCACAGCGAAAACUAGAUCGGGCACACUACAACGAUCCUUCGGAGAAACCAAAGGGCCAUCCAUCAACAUUUAUACAUAGAUGUUCACGACAGGAAGCCAUCUCUACAAGAGCUCAUAGAAGGCACCCAGGUCGUGCACAGAGAAGAAAACUCUUAACCGAAGCGGUAAGCAUCGCUAAUCAGAAGCCGACCUUGAACGUCCAACAAGAAUCGGACCCGAUACUCCCUUCCAGCAGGAGAAGGGAUACGCAAGCCAACAGGGACCAGACAACACGCCCCAACCCACCGAGAACAUCGCGCCCCGUAGAAGAACACGAGAGGACCCAGCGAGAGCCAAGUAACAUUACUCGCUCAGGCCGCUGAGUCCCCGCCCAACACGAAUCUGCAGCCGUUAACCAACGUAGACCAUUUGGACACACACACACGCGCGGCGCGUGCGCUCACUCACUCAAAUUUAAUAUUAUUCACAUUUAUAUAUAAACAGAAAUUAUCUGAUUUGUACCUUUAUGCAUGCUAUAAAAUAUUUUUUAUUGCUGUGUUUAGAUUUCUAUAUUCAUUUUUAUUCCUGUGUGUAAUUUUGUAAUUUUGUGUUUAUAACCAACAUAGGUAUAACAUAUUGAAUCUUAAACAUACAUUUAAGGAAACACUAGCACUUGGCAUUAUAUUUUGAACUUUUAUAUAACCACUGUUUAAACUUUCACUUUUAUUGUCACAGUACAUUAUGUCCUUAUGUUCUAUGUAUCCAAACCACACCCUUAAUGCUUAAGCUGUUAAUCCCUAGACUAACCAGUACCCAUACCUCAAGGCCAUACUUCCCACACGAUGAAAUAAAUAGACCAAAAGGCCAGAUUGUAAGUCAGUAGUCGCUUGAUAAGGCCAUAAGGCGAAACAGCUCUCACGACAAAAUUCAAUAAAUGGAUGAAGGAG